UGCAUCCAAUUGAAUAAGAUAUAUAUUAAACUACUCUUCCACGUUAGCCCAUGACAAUAAUAAAGAAGUCUCGUGGCCCACAGCCCAACAAAAUACAUAAAUUCAGUUACAAUUUACCUUAUCUUAUCUUUAGUUGUUUUUAUCUUAUCUUUAUUUGCUUUUAUUGUAAUAAUUCUUUUCAGUCGUCCGUCAUUCAUCAAUUCAUCAGCUGAAAUCUUUUUGCUCUUAAAACACAAGAAAGAAAAGAACAGUCCAGCAGAUCGUGUUCUUGUUGCUCCAUCGGGUUAGGCCACCAUGGAGCGGAAGACUAUUGAUUUGGAACAAGGUUGGGACUAUAUGCAGAAGGGGAUUACUAAGUUGAAGAAAAUUCUAAGGGAGACGCAUGAUGAAUUUAUGCUGAGGGAGCUUGAACAAAGGUGGAUAACUCACAAGGUGAUGGUGAGGUGGCUUUCACGCUUCUUUCAUUACCUGCCACCACUAAAUGGUGUUGGCCUUACCUGCUUCCGUGAUCUGGUUUAUAUGGAGGUACGAGCUAAUGCAAGGAAAGGUGUGAUCACUCUUAUUGACAAAGAGCGUGAGGGCGAACAGAUUGAUAGAUCAUUGCUGAAAAAUGUUGUUGAUAUGUUUGUUGAGAUGGAUAAAUAUGAGGAGGAUUUUGAAGUUCAGAUGCUUGAGGAUACUGCUAAUUACUACAAAAGUAAGGCUACAAAGUGGAUUGAGGUUGACUCUUGUCCAGAUUAUAUGCUAAAGGCUGAGGAGUGCUUGAGAAGGGAGAGAGAAAGAGUGACUCAUUACUUGCACUCCAGCACUGAGCAGAAAUUGGUAGAGAAAGUGCAACAUGAGUUGUUGGUGACCCAUGCUAAUCAAUUACUUGAUGGUGUCCGGGCCUUGCUUAGAGAUGAUAAGGUGGAAGAUCUCUCUCGGAUGUAUAGACUUUACCAAAAAAUACCUAAAGGCUUGGAUCCUGUUGAGAAUGUAUUCAAGCAGCAUAUUACAGCCGAGGGUACAGCAUUGGUCCAGCAGGCUGAAGAAGCUUCUAGCCUUGUCAGAAAAUUCAUAGAGCUCCAUGACAAGUACAUGACAUAUGUUAAUGACUGCUUUAUAAAUCACACACUGUUCCACAAGGCUUUAAAGGAGGCAUUUGAGGUUUUCUGCAAUAAAAAUGUUGCUGGUAGUUCCAGUGCAGAACUAUUAGCUACAUUCUGCGACAAUAUCCUUAAAAAGGGUGGAAGUGAUGAAGCAAUUGAAGAAACUCUUGAGAAGGUAGUCAAGCUGCUUGCAUAUAUCAGUGAUAAGGAUCUCUAUGCAGAAUUUUACAGGAAAAAACUAGCCCGCAGAUUACUUUUUGAUAGGAGUGCCAAUGAGGAUCAUGAAAAGUGUAUUUUGACAAAGCUAAAGCAGCAGUGUGGUGGCCAGUUCACAUCUAAGAUGGAGGGAAUGGUUAUGGACUUGACUUUGGCGCGUGAUAACCAGAUGAAAUUUGAGGAAUAUCUUCAGGACAACACACAUGUAAUUGAUCUGAGUGUUACUGUUCUUACCACAGGAUUCUGGCCAAGUUACAAGUCUUCUGAUCUCAACCUCCCGGUGGAGAUGGUCAAGUGUGUGGAAGUUUUUAAAGAAUUUUAUGAAACAAAGACAAAACACAGAAAACUUACAUGGAUUUACUCACUUGGAACUUGCCACAUCAUUGGCAAGUUUGAACCAAAGACUAUUGAACUAGUUGUGUCAACCUAUCAGGCUGCUGCCUUGCUGCUAUUCAACAGUGCUGAUAAGUUGAGCUAUUCAGAGAUUAUGAUGCAGCUGAACUUAACCCAUGAAGAUGUUGUUAGAUUACUCCAUUCCCUGUCACGUGCAAAAUAUAAGAUUCUUAGCAAGGAGCCUAACACCACAACUAUAUGGCCAAAUGAUACUUUUGAGUUCAACUACAAAUUCACUGACAAAAUGAGAAGGAUCAAGAUCCCACUACCACCGGUUGAUGAAAGGAAGAAGGUGAUUGAAGAUGUUGACAAGGACCGACGAUACGCCAUAGAUGCCGCAAUUGUGCGCAUCAUGAAGAGCAGCAAAGUUUUAGGCCAUCAACAACUGGUUUUGGAGUGUGUUCAACAACUGGGCCGCAUGUUCAAGCCUGACAUCAAAGCAAUUAAGAAGCGGAUUGAAGAUCUCAUAACUCGUGACUAUCUGGAAAGAGACCAAGAAAACCCCAAUACUUUCAAGUAUCUGGCUUAAUGGAAGCUACUAGAGUAUGAAAGUGGCCAUUUUUACUUAA